CACAGGGAUACACUGUGCGAUUUAGGCACAGUGCCUCAGCAGUAGGCUGUAUUAGCUACUGUAUAGUAAUGCGCGCAAUGGCGCACACUCACCGAGCACUAUUGGAUUUUAGGAGUGUCGGUCGAAUGUAGGGGACGAUAAGUAGCCAAAAACAAAUCUAUAUCGGGGAGACCCAGCUGUCAGAUGCAGACACCUGAACAGGUGGCCUCUCCAGAGAUUUACGCGUCAAGGUGAAUAGACUAACAGCUUGCCUCUUUCUCUAAUCUCCUGCUGACAACACCAAUACUGACCCUAUCGUCAAGAUUAUGUCUAUCGCAGUUUGAGAUUCAGGACCCGAUCAAUUCGUGUUGAUUCAAGUGACAGUCGCUCCUCGGUUGGACUUUCGUUGCUGACGUUUUUUUCUCCAAGUGUCAGAGAAUAUGAAAGUGACGUCUGGACUUUCGAAAAUGUGCUGGCGCCUUGCAUUUACCUGGAUUUUACAGUAGUUACUUUCACGUGUAGGCUACAUUGAGAUUGGGAUUUACUAAGGACCCAGGUGUCAAAGCAACAUGUUUCCCGAAAUUAAUAACAAGUCUUCAAAACCAGAGGCCUUCUCCCACUCACACAGACUCCAGACCCAACAGGCAACCAACCGGCCCUAUUUACAGAAGUUUAACUCGGACGUAGGGACCUUGCCCCAACUGGAGCCCCCGGUGAUACAGGUGGUUGUCAGCAAUGCCAAACUCCACCACCAGCAGUCCGAUAGCAUCCUGCCCCACAUCGCCAACAAGGGGCUGCCGAACAGCUACCAGACACACCAGGAUGAGAGACCAAAGCCUUCCUCCCAGUUCCCCACACGGUUCGGCUCCUCCGUGGAGAACCUGUAUGACUCCAUCACCACCAAGGGCCUCAGCAACAAGCUGGAGGAGAAGAAGCUCUAUGAGGGACAGAGGCUGCCCAUGUCUCCCACAGAGGCACUGAGGCACUUCCAGGGGCGUCUGACAGAGUUUGAGCAGGAGGAGAUCAUGGACUACUCAGAGAUCUGGUUUCUGGGUCUGGAGACCAAGAAGAUUGAGGGCUCUCAUGGGAUUCCUCAGAACGCAGGCUACGACGACGAGCAAGGCAGCUACAACAACGUUCUACACGACCACAUUGGCUUCCGCUUCGAGGUGUUGGAGGUAAUCGGGAAAGGAUCCUUUGGACAGGUCCUGAAAUGUCUGGACCACAAGACCCAAGAACUGGUUGCCAUCAAGGUCAUUCGCAACAAAAAAAGGUUUCACCACCAGGCCCUAGUGGAACUAAAGAUCCUGGAUGCUGUGAGGAGGAAAGACAGGGAAAACUGCCACAAUGUCAUCCAUAUGAAGGAAUACUUUUACUUCCGCAACCAUCUCUGCAUCUCCUUCGAGCUGCUAGGAGUCAACCUUUAUGAGCUGAUCAAGAAGAACAACUUCCAGGGCUUCAGUCUGGCCUUGAUCCGUCGUUUCACCCACUCCCUGCUCAAGUGCCUGCAGAUGCUGCAUAAGGAGAAGAUCAUUCACUGUGACCUCAAACCAGAGAACAUCCUUCUGUCUCAGAAAGGACAAGGAAAUAUCAAGGUGGUGGACUUUGGGUCCAGCUGUUAUGAGCAGCAGAGAGUCUACACCUACAUCCAGAGUCGUUUCUACCGCUCCCCAGAGGUGAUACUGGGACACACCUACAGCAUGGCCAUCGACAUGUGGAGCUUGGGCUGCAUCAUGGCUGAGCUCUACACCGGCUUCCCGCUCUUCCCUGGGGAGAGCGAGGUGGAGCAGAUCGCCUGCAUCAUGGAGGUAUUCGGAAUGCCUCCCAAUGAUUUUGUGCAGACAGCAUCCAGGAAAAGAUUGUUUUUCGACUCCAAAGGAAACCCCAGAAACAUCACAAACAGCAAAGGGAAGAAAAGGCGACCCAACUCCAAAGACCUAGCCAGUGUGUUGAAGACCAACGAUCCUCUGUUCCUGGACUUCAUUCGACGCUGCCUCACGUGGGAUCCAACCAAGCGUAUGACACCAGAUGAGGCGAUGCAGCAUGAGUGGAUCCAGGAGGCCCAUCUCAACAAGCUCAGGCCCAAAACACGACCCAUGAUGAGGAAGCCCAGUGAAAGCGUGAGCAGCACAGAAAACAACUACGAGGCCACUUACCGCAAAGUAGUCACUAACAGGACAGCUGAGAGGAUUGGGUCCGAUAGCAACAAGCUGAAGAGAGAGCUCUCCGCCAAGGCAGGGCGCAAGAUGGUGACCGCUGAGCGACUGCGUCCCAUUGGAGCGUCAGCAGAGGAGCAGUUGUGUGAGGGCGUGGCCAAGGUCAACAGGGACACCAAUCAUGAGGCGGGCGGGGAGAGGCCCGUGCACAUCAUCAUCAAGCCUCAGCUAGAUGUGGGCACCGACGGAGGGUGCCAGGUGUCAUCCAAGUGUCUGCCCCCUAUCAUGUAGCAGCACAGGGAGGGGGCAGGCAGGCAGCACUAGGCGUUAUGGACUUUAACAUCAUCAAAGAGGCGCAUUGGAUAAUGCAGACUGUGGUCAUGUCUAGGGGAUCUCCUGUUUUGUGACAUUCCUGUGUCUAUGACAUUCAUUCAAUACAUUUAAUAGAGUCACCUUAGCUCUGCGUUUCCCGAACUUGGGAACCCAAGGGGAGCACGUUUUGUUUUUUGCCCUAACACUAUUCAGCUGAUUCAGAUGAUCAAAGCUUGAUAAUUAGUUGAUUAUUUGA